AUGACGUUCACAGAGGCCAAUAGGACGUACUUUGACAAACAGGCUUCCAUGUACGACGAUCGGUUUGCGGGUGUAAUUCAAACACUCUCCGAGCAGACUAUUCAACGCCGUCACUGGAUCAGCGACCGAUGGACAGAUACUGCUGCUGGGCAGGGCCAGGAGAUCCGCGCGCUGGAUUACGCAGCUGGCCCAGGCUAUAUUUCUAUGACCCUCGCGCCAUACUUGUCGAAGGUCAUCGGGAUUGACCUCUCCCCGAAUAUGGUGGCUAGAUACAACUCCAAUGCGCAUGCUGCUGGGCUCUCGUCCAAAAUGAUAGGUUACCAAGCUGAUCUGAUUAGCGAGCCGCCAUCCACUGAUUCCGCAGCCUGGAAGGAUGUGGAUUUGCUCAUUAUCAGCAUGGCCCUUCAUCACUUUGAAUUUCCCGGUCAAGCCUUGCAGAAACUUGGGCAACGGGUGAAGCAGGGCGGCGUCUGCUUUAUCAUUGAUAUCAUGGGUCAUUCAAGCCCUCAGCACCACCAUCACGGUCCGCACGGUGAAGACCAAGGCAGCCGUAAACCCGAAAGUCCCUUUAAGGAGUUUAAAGAGGCGUCUGCCACGAUCCAAACACACGGGUUUGUGCAAGAGGACAUGGCAAAACUCUUCCGUGAGGCCGGUUUCGAAAGCCCAGAAUAUCUGGCUUUGGAGAAGCCCCUCGAGUUUACGAUGGACGGGCAAACCGUAUCGAUGACAGCCUUCAUGGCCAAAGCCAAACGUGCAUGA